CUCUGGCCCCACAUUACAAAUACAAGCGCAAAAGAAUCAAAAGGUCGCCUUUUGGAGACACUGCAGACAGCUUCAUGGAAAACGAUCCACUGACUCAGCGGCUCGCAACACAAGUCUCGUCAAUGGCGUCGGUUGGAGAUUUCGAUUCGAAGAGGGACCUAAACAGCUUGCGGUUUUCGUACCAGCACCAUGCCAGAAAGCUUCUGUCAAACUUAAACGAAACGCGGAAAAUUCCAGAUCUCUGUGAUGCAUACAUUACCAUCGAUGGUACGUGUAUUCCAGUUCAAAAGAGCGUCCUGUCCGCUGCCAGCCAGUAUUUAAGAGCACUGUUCAGCUACAAUAAAAACCAGCAACAGCAUGAUGGGAAGAUGUGUAUUAAUCUGGACAGUCUGAAUGUUGGUGCAAAGACAUUUGAGAGGAUUUUGGAUUACAUCUAUACUGCACAAGUUCUUCUUGAGCCAGAAAAUAUCCAGGACUUGCUUCAAGCAGCUGAUUUGUUGCUGCUUACGGAUUUGAAGGACACAUGCUGCGAAUUUCUCCAGGGAUGCAUCUCUCCUCACAACUGCAUUGGAAUCCGAGAGUUCACUGCUCGCUUGUCGUGCCCUUGGAUUCACCUUAGGGUGACUCAGUAUCUUGAUGAACAUUUCAGGGAAGCCACAUACAGCGAGGAGUUUCUGCGUCUACCUGCAGACGAGGUGCAUGCGUUAUUGAUUCGUGAUACCAUUCAAGUCAGGGUUGAGGAAGAUGUCAUGGACAGCAUCAUUCGAUGGUAUCGCUGGGACAUGGUCAGUCGUAAGGCACAGAUGUCCUGGCUUUUGAACAAGUGCAUUAGAGUAGGAUUCUUGUCAGACCAAGCCAUCUCGCGACUCAGACAGGAUGAUGCUAAUCCUGAUGCUCUGGAAGAGGUUGCUCAGGUCUUGGAUGCCCUGCGCCAAGAUCCACGGCAAGACAGAAGGAGGGGGCUGCAACAGGUGCUGGUUGUUUGUGGAGGUGAAGGUCAGGCAGUAGAGUCACAGGAAGAAAUAGAGGCUAAGGCCACAACCAGAUGUGUGCGAAUCAAUAAGUCACAAUCAUCUCCAAACUGUGUUUGGAUUGACUUGGCUCCCAUGCUCACACCUCGAACUGGCCACUGUGUUGUGGAAGUUGGGGGCUUUUUAUAUGCUGUUGGUGGACGAGAUCAGCACUGUCGUAUCCUAAACACAGGUGAGAAGUACAACCCAAACACCAAUACUUGGACUGCCAUAGCACCCAUGGAACAUGGACGAGUUGGCUUUGGUCUGGUUGCCAUUGACGAUAGUAUUUAUGCUUUAGGGGGUAGCAAUGAUAUGACGGAUCCACUGACCUCCAUGGAGGUGUACAACGUGUUUACCAACAAAUGGCGGCCUCUUCCUGACAUGGUCCUAAAGAGAGUCUGGUCAGCUUUUGCAGCAGCAGACAAGAAAAUUUACGUCAUUGCUGGUGGCAUUGUUGGAAAGUUCUACGAAGCUGUUGAGUGCUUCGAUACCCGCACAGAGUCUUGGCUGUCUGUGUCUCCUCUGAGAGAACGUCGUUGUGAUGCCAGAGCUGUGGCUGUGGAAAAUGACAUUUAUGUUUUUGGUGGCUUCCGACACAUCGAGUGCCCUGGUGCUGUCCAGUCUGGGCAUAGUCUGAAGUUCUGUGGCACCGAAGUGUAUAUGUCCAAAAACGACUACUGGGUUAGCGUACAAAAUCGGCAUGGUGCCCCAGGUCUUUGCAUCAUGAAUGAGCGAUCACACAUCUGUGGUGCAGUGUAUGACGGUGAAGAUGUCCUUGUUGUUGGAGAACUAGAUGUCGGAAAUUCUGUCCACUGUGUGCGUGCAUUUAAUCGUCACACUAACACGUGGCAAUGUCUGGUACAGAACCUCCCAACGCAUCAGCAGCGUUAUCAGUGCUGCCUACUAAGUAUACCAUUAGCUGUCUUGGCCGAACUGUAUCCGCGACGAGAGGAUGCUGCUUCCACCAAAUAAAUGCCUUUAGAUACCAUUCUGCAUUUGUGCUCAUCAAAGUAACCACAUCUCUUCAAAAGUCUAACAUAAUUCAGGGUGUUUGCCCAUCUGUCGAUCUAACAUUAACUGUUCAUUGGAAUUGUGUACUUCAUCGCGCUGUCCUAUGGGGGAGUCACUCUUGAUAUUACUGAGAGGAGUAUUGCUUUUAACUGGCAUAUGACUUUGGUUCAGCCCUUUGCAGGUAUUGUCAAGGUAUGUUCACCUCCCUUUUAUUUCACAUGCAUCCUGCAAUUAUAUUGGCAGGUAAAAGCUGUUACUGGUACCCUCGGGUUGAGUACUCAUUUAUGAAGUUACUUUCUUCUUUGCAGUCGUUUUCUUUAUUUUUAGUAUAUUUUGUAUAUGAGCAGAUCCUAUGUGUCCUUGAGCCAUGAUACAGCCUUAGUGGCUGGUUCAGCAUUAAACACCAGCUACUCCCAUCUCACUUUCACAUGCUUGACAAGUAUGUUAAUGUCGUAUUUAUAGUUGUUGAGAUAUGGCCUUAAAAUACCAGUGUUGUAACUGGUUGUAUUGUUUCCAUUGAAUGAUACUUUGGUAGUUAUGCCGAGAAAGAUGAUAGUGAUGAGAAAUGGGAUGACUGUCAGCAUCUGUGGCUGCUGUAUAAUGUUUCUAGAAUUGUGUAUUGUGCUUGGUUGAAGUAGUAUUUGGGCUUGUCAUGUGAAGAUGUUUGCUCCCAGACUCCAAUGUACAUUACACAAGAUUUCUAGUCACGGUUUUGGUGCUGGAGCGAAGUGACAUGUCAGGAUUAAUAACUUCCAUAUGAUUUGUGAAACAAGCUGCCUGAACCCCUGAAAUGUGUUAUAUGUUUAGCUUUCAAGAAAGUGUCACCAAUCUAAAUGUUGAAUGUCGUUGUGUAAGUCUUCCUUUAUGUGUUCACAUUAGAUGGAGCUGUUUACAGGCUUGCUUUGCUCAUGCUGAACACAUUUCCGAUGUCUGCAAUAUAAACUUUAAUAGUGAUCUCUUGGCAGUUGUAAGAGCUUAGUUUCUAGAUGCUCAAGUACCCUGCUUGUAGCUACAAUGUCCUUAAAAGUGACUCUUAUGAAACAUUCUAUUUUCUACAAUUAACAAUAUUAGUUUUCUAAUUAUAGCCACAGCUGAUGUAAACAGAUCAUUUAAGAAAUAUGUAAACAGUAUUUGUAUUUUUAAAAAAUGUAAUUCCAAGAGUAAUGGAACUGGACAGCGCGUAUUUGAAAUACCUAAAGCAACAGGCGUUAAAUAAUUUGUACUCUUGCUGUCUGAAUAUGUUGCAAGUAGUUCUUUUUUUAUUUGUGGUGUUACAUCAGUAUAGUGAUUUAUAUUUACAAUAGCAAAGGUUGAUCUUAAGUUUUGGUUGGCAAGUGAAAUUGAAGUCGUGAUCACAUACUUGCUUAUGAGAUUAAUUCAGCAUUUAGUGUUGCAAGACAGCUGGAAUUCUAUAAGUAUUUCUGUACUCUUGCCAUAAAAUUAAAAAAUAAACUAAAAA